CAUUGCAGAUUCCUUAUGGCAAGAAGAACGCGAUUUUUGAGGCGAUGAAUAAUUAUUGUGAGGCUUUAUGGUUUAUAUUCAUCUGGAUUAAUUAUGUUCAUGGGGAGAGUGUUGUUGGCUUCCCAGAAAAACGUCUACUGCGGGAAUUAUUUCGGGAAUACAACUCAAUGACGAGGCCUGUCCAAAACUAUAGCGAUGUCGUCACCGUAAACUUCGGCAUUUCACUCAACCAGAUCCUAGACUUGGAUGAGAAGAAGCAGAUAAUUACCACAUCUGUCUGGGUAAAAGAAACUUGGUAUGACGAAUCUUUGACAUGGGAACCGGAGAAGUAUGAUAAUACACGGCGCUUGAUUAUGUCAUCCACAGAACUAUGGUUACCGGACGUUUUCAUCUUCAACACGGCUGGUGGACAUGCGGAAGGAUUUGUGAACGUAACCGGAAGCAAACUUCUUAUAGAGAGUUCCGGUAUGGUCACGUGGACAGUUCCCUUGAUGAUAAAGAGUUCCUGUCCUGUGGAUGUGACGUAUUUUCCAUAUGAUCAGCAGACUUGUGAAAUCCAUUUUGGGUCUUGGAUUUAUGACGUCACUAAAGUGGACCUACAACUUCUGGCCAAAAAACCAAACCUGCAGCAAUACAUACUGAAUAAUGAAUUUGAUCUCCUGGGAGUGAAUUUAUAUAGAACUAUGGUGGACGAAAAAUGUUGCCCUGGAACAGGUUCUCACCCAAUCAUCCAUUUUCAAAUGACCAUCAAAAGGAAAUCCAUUUAUUAUGACUAUAUUGUGAUAGCUCCUACAAUCAUGCUUUGUAUUUUGACCCUGGCUUCUUUCUGGUUGCCGUGUCACCAUGGAGAAAAGAUAGCCAUAGGUCUGACUGUGUUCCUCACUCUUUAUGUACUACAGCUUCUGAUUGCCGAGAACGUACCGGACACAAAUACAACACCCGUUCUAGGUGUCUUCCUAUUUCUGGUAAUGACUCUCAACUGUAUAUCCCUGAUAAUGGCCACGCUGGUAAUGAGUAUUAAGAGACGAUCAACACUCAAACCAGUCCCAAAAGUACCACCAAUAAUGUUGUGGGUCUGCAAGCAGGUGCUGGGAAAAAUUACCUGUACACCGCCGGAAUCUCGUUUCCAUAGGUACAACCUCUGCGAGAACGAUGAAGAGCCAGUAGAGACUGUUGAUACAACAGCAUCGUGGGCUUCCAUCGAUUACUUACUUCAUGAAUUUGAAGAUGACGUAGACGAGGAAGAUACGUCAUCUAUCCACCUUUCACCUGACGUUAACAUGGAAAUGUCCCACAAUGGGAUCGUGGCCAGUGCGUUAUCCUAUAGACGAACUCUCAAAAAUAGACGUUCAUAUCGAAGAGCUAUACAAAGCGAAAACGUGCCAAGUAGAAACCGAACCAUUUCCCAUAACCAUGUGGACACGAGUUCCAAUCAAAAUACCACAUCCACAUUUAGUCCCGAUUGUUCUGUCAGAAAACAACAGUGGUGCUACGUGGCUGAGACAGUAGACAAAGCGUCCUUUAUUGUAUACUUCGCCAGCAUGUUUAUCACAAUUUUAACUGUUCUAGUAUUCGUGCCAAAUCUGCAAAACGUUAACACUUGAAAGUAGAAAUACAAUGUAUAUUAAUAAAUAAAUUGAAGACCAA